AUGGAGGCUAGCUAUGAGGUGCUCGGCUCCGGCUCGGAUGGGCACAACGAGGGGGCAGGGUCAGGGUCUGCAAGCGGAGAGGAGUUGGAGGGAGAGGAUGAACAAGCUCAGCAGAUGAAUGGGGAGGAGGUGCGCCGCAAGGUCGAAGGUUUCUUGAAGAAGCAGAUGGUUCAGACUGCCGUUAGCGGAUUGGGAUUUCUCAUGGCCGUUGUCGGCAUCUGGGGUGAUGGUGCAAACCAAAUCAUCCAGAGUGACACCCUGGGGGUGACGAUUGUACAUUACUACAUUAUGCAACCCGCUAUGCAACUGGCACUCCUACCCGUGAACGAGAAGGGCGAGGGAUGCUCACGUCUGGCGCAGCCAGCCGGGGCGGAAUAUGUCGGGAAGUUGCGCAGGGAAAUGAAGAUAGGGCUGGAAACCGGCAUUGAGGCUCCAGUCGCAGGACAGUCGCGGCUCUGA